AUGCGACCAGAGGAGCAGCCGGAGGCUCCCAGCGGGCCAUGGCGCGCCGCGUCUGCCUUCACCAUGGGCGCCGUCGGUCUUUUAUGCAAAGGAUUCUUGACCGGGCUAAGCAAGGUGGAGACGCAUGGCAUGGAGGGCUUCUUGAAGCUGUUGGACGAGAGGGAGGAUCCUGCGAGUAGAGAGAGGGGUCUCAUUACUGUCUCGAACCACAUCUCCGUAAUGGAUGAUCCAAUAUUAUGGGGAAUUCUACCUCUCAGCUACAUCUUCAACCCAGACAACUUGCGCUGGGGACUGGGCAGUUACGACUUAUGCUUCACCAACAAAGGACUAUCAACGUUCUUUACCUUCGGACAGGUCCUUCCUACACAUCGCUCGGCGCAUUCUCAAUUCGGCGGCCUUUUUCAGCCUACUAUAACGCAAGCGAUCCGUCUCCUUUCGCGCGGUCCAUUCCACGAGCAAGAUCCACCAGCGAAGCCUACGACGUCGCUCAAGAGCCCAGAUCUCAUCGAUCCUUUCACCGACGGCCACCUCACGUUCACUACAAACGGACAAGACACGUUUCCUGCACCCUCUGCAUACCUCAGUAGGCGGCAUGCGUGGGUUCACAUUUUCCCUGAAGGCAUGAUCCACCAGACUGAAGACAGGAUCAUGCGCUACUUCAAAUGGGGGGUAUCACGUCUGAUAUUGGAGAGCGACCCGAUGCCGGACAUUGUUCCCAUCUUCAUCGAAGGCUUCGACAACAUCAUGCACGAGACGCGCACGUUCCCACGCUUCAUACCACGGCCGUUCAAGAACGUUCGGGUAACAUUCGGCGAGAAGCUGGAUGCUGAGGAGGUGUUUGGCGAUUUGCGCGCACGCUGGAAACAGAUGCGCGCGAAUGAGGAGCGAAAGGGAGGGCAACUUGAGGUCGGUGUGCUGAAUGACAACCUGAAAUAUUCGCCCGAGGCCGUCAGCAUACGCAAAGAGUGCACGCGACGAAUACGGCAGGCAGUAUUGGACGUUAGGCGGCAGCGCGGAUACCCUGAAGAUGACCCGAAGAACAGCCUUGCAGAGACAUGGCUGAGAGAGGGUCCAGGUAGAGAGGGCCGCAAAGAGGAUGGCAGCAUCACAAAAGACACAUGA